GCCAGCGGAAACAGCGCAGUAUCGAAGCAUCAGCUCCGAAACACACAACCCUUCUGCUUUUGGGUCUUGCAGCAACGAAAGGACUUUCAUUUGCUUUGCCCAGGAAAAGGCAAGGAGGAGGAUGAAUGGCUUCAGGGAGCCAGGGCUGUGGCUACUGGUCCUUCUCCUGCUGCUCCUGGUCCACUGCAAGCAAACCUCCGGCAGCUCCGUGCCCCAAGUGGACUGCAUUGUCUUCAAUGAGGAAAGUCUGACCUGCAACUGGACCAGCAAGGAAAAACUGACUGCCAACUACACGCUGUAUUACUGGAUCGAAAACUAUAAAUUCUAUAGAGAGUGUCCGCAUUACUUCCAAAGGGACGAUGGCCUCAACACGGGGUGCCAAUUCAACCUCUCCGUGAAGGAUCUCCUCUAUUCUAAAUUCCAUGUUUAUAUCAACGCGAGUCACGGUGGAGCCGUUUCCAAGGAUUACAGGACCCUGCUGGAGCGAGUGAAACCUGGAUCCCCUUUCAACCUCUCCAUCCAAACCCAGGACAACCACCAGUUACUGCUGAGCUGGGAUUCGCCCUACAGUCAUCCACAUUACUUGGAACACAAGGUCAAGUACAAGAGCAACAAGGACGCAAGCUGGACGGAGCAAACUGUCGACAGGAUGCAGUUCAGCCUGCCCAGCGUGGAUCCGGAGAAGUUCUACACCUUCUAUGUCUCUAGCAAGGUCAAGGACAUCUUUGGGGAGACGGACUUGUGGAGUGACGUGGCCGGCCCCAUCCACUGGGGGAAAGAAGCAGAUGAGCCCUCCAUAGAGCCGUGGGUCCAGAUUGCCAUUGGAGUUGGCUCCUUCUGCCUCCUGCUUCUGAUGGUGGUGAGCCUCAUGUCCAUGGAGAGGGUCCGGCUGGUUCUGCUGCCUGCCAUCCCCAACCCCGGCAAGAAAUUCGAAGAUCUCUUUACAGCGUACCAUGGCAAUUUCUCUGAGUGGGCUGGGGUCCCGAAGGAUGCCGUGGAAGCCUUCAAGCCCAGCUAUUGCGAGAGCAUCUGUCGCGUCAGUGAGCUCUUCCCCGGCGGGGGCUAUCUGCCCGUCUGCAGCGAUGCCAUGGGCAAGGCCUGCCCCGUUCCCAAAGGAAUUGCCCCAUAGAGGGACCCCACUUCUCACCUCCAGUCCCAGUUGGCUACCAAAGCUGGAAAUAUCGCUUAAAUAUAAAAAAGUUGUGCCUCCCGCGAUCACCCACUCAUGGGUGCCUUGGGGAUUCUGAAUGUUGUAGUCCAAUGCAGCCAUGCUUCCAAGCCCUAAAGGCUACCUAUCUAGUCCAACCCCUGCCAUGCUGCCAUAGCCUUCCCAAGAGAUUAACAUCUGGAUACAAAAUGGGGGUUAAUGCUUUGGAAGAGAGCUUUUUCCACUAUCAAAGGUUUCUUUUCCUGGUCCCUUCCAAUGCUUAGGUAGAAUCUCUUAUUUUUCUACUUCAGUCCUUCUCACUGCCAUAUAAUCCAGAUUAUCAAAGCAGAUAAUGCACAUUAUUUGCUUUGAACUGGAUUAUAGGAGUCUACACUGCCAUACAAUCCAGUUUAAAGCAGAUAAUCUGGAUUUUAUUUGGCAGUGUAGCCCCUUCACUGAUGUAAGGAUCUCUUUUUAUGCUAUGUUCUAUCAAUUCAAUGCACAAUUAUAUAUAUAUAAAGAGAGAGAUAUAUAUA